UGGGCGAGAUGGAGCAGGUGCAGCAGCAGCUGCAGCGCAUGCAGUGGGAGGAGGCGGCGGAGGGGGCGCUCAUGCGCCGUGCAUCAGUGGACGAGCUGCUGGCGCUGCAGGCGCAGGGGGAGCGGCUGCCCACGGGCAGUGCAGUGGUGGCGCGCGUGCACGCGGUGGUGGCGGCAGGCAGCGACUGGCAGGCCAGGGCGCAGAGGGCGCUGCAGGAGGGGUGCAGCCUGGAGGAGGGCGAGGCGAUGAGCAGGGAGGCGGAGGCCAUCCCAGCAUCGCUGGCAGGCCAUGCUCACCUGAUGUCAGUGCUGGCGUCAGCAAGGGCAGCAGCAGCUCGAGGCGACCAGCUGCUGCUGGCUGCCUUGACUGCAGAGGUCGUUGCGCUGCCCGUGCGUCCACCGCACGCACCACAGCUCGCCUCGCUGCUCUCUUCUCUCGCCGCCUGGCAAUCCGCCACCUCACACGCCCUCCACACCGCCACCACCUUUCUCUCACCACCCACCACAGUCACACCGACCACAGCAGCUGCAGCACAGAGCACCCAAGCCAGCCCGGCUGCAGUGCCCAUCGCCGCCGAGUCAGGCGCCACACCCCUUGCAUCAGCACCAGCUGCGCCUGCAGGCAAGCCCCCCCCGGAGCUACUGGUGCCGGCAGCAGCAGCGAGCGCCAGUGCGGCUGAGCUGUCGUCGCUGCUCACCCAGGGGGCAGCACUGGGCGUGGCGGUGCCCGAGCUGCCGGCUGUGCGCGCGGUGGUGCAGCGCCUGCACUGGGAGGUCGCCGCCCAUGCCCUGCUGUCUGGCACUGCAGAUACUGCGGUGCAGAGUGGUGGUGUGGCGCAGGACAGUGCGGUGCAGGGUGGUGGUGAGAGGCGAGGCAAGCCCAGCGUGGAGGAGGUGGAGGCACUGGUGGCGGCUUACCCACUCACUGAUGCGCUCGCCCACCCUCCACCCCACCCAACGCCAUCAGCACCACCACUACCAUCAGCAGCUCCAUCCGAGGGCCUUGCUCAGCCUGCUGCAUCCGCCCCCUCUCCGCCCCCCUCGGCGCGCCUCUCCCUGCUGCACUCAGCCCUGGCGGACGCACGGCAGUGGGUGCAGGCGGCCAAUGAGAUGCUGACACGUGGCCCUGCCAGCUGUGAGGUGCAGGAGGUGGAGGCGAUGGUGGCACGUGGCAUGGCCUUGCAGGUGUGUGUGCACGACAAGUGCCACCAGCUCAGCACCGUCAUCGCCUCCCACAGGGAGUGGGUCAGCGAGGUGCAGCAACUGCUCGCCCCACGCCUCCCUGCGCCCACCUCACCACCUCCGCUGCUGCCCCGUGCACCUGCCACAACACUUGCGCACCUCAAGGGCCUCCAGGUGCGCGGCAGCAGCAGCGUGGUGGCGAGCGGGGAGGCCCGGCAGGUGCAGCAGGCAGUGGCAGCGCUGGACGACUGGCUCGUUGCCUGCUGUGCUGCCCUCCGGGGGGGCUCAGGGGACGAGGGGGCGAGAGGAGGAGGCGAGGGGGCACAAGGGGAGGGGAGUGUGGCACCAGGGGAGGGUAAGGGGCUGCACGGGGAGGGCAAGGGGCGGGUGUGUGAGGAGGAGGUGGUGCGGAAGCUGAAGCACAUGCACAGCAGCGUGCAAGCAGCUCUUCAUCGCAUCUCCUCCCUGGCCCGCCGCACCGCUGCCCUCUCACACCUCACUGCUCUGCCGGCUCAACCCUUCUCUGCGUCAGCCAAUGCUCCUCAUCCCGCAGUGCUGGCAGGCAGUGCAGUAGGUGCCACCGCAGAUGCCGUGGCUGCCGCCGCAUCUCCCGCAGCCACGGCCCCCACAGCCACAGCACCAGCUCAUGCGCCGGCACCAGGUGUGGCACCGGCAGUAGCAGCAGCAGUGCGAGGGGCGCCAGAGGCAUCAGAGGCACCUGUACCUGCUCCGCCUGGUGCUGCUGCGGCGGCGGUUGCUGGAAGCGUCUCUUCGUCCGACACCGUUUGCUGGUGUGCGGUGCUGCACCACGCCCACCCUGCAUGUGCUGCUUCUGCUGGUUUCUCUGGCGGCAGCGACGGGCAGGCAGUGGUUGGCGGGCAGGCGGGAGGAGGCGGUGGGGAUGUCCGGGUUCGGGGAAAGCGCAGCGGUGGGAGGAGAGCCGCUGCUGUUGUGUGCGGUGCUGUUGGGCGAGAGAGUGGUGCAGGCGGCGCAGGGAUGUCAUGGGAGAAGAGGGAAGAGAAGGCAGGAGAAGCAAGAGGCGAUAGGGAAGGGAAUAUGGGAGCAGUGCGUUUGGAGAAGGGUGAAGCAAAGGAGGAGGAGCAGAAAUUCCACGCCGACUGUCUCUCAUACUUGCAUGCUGCCGCCCCCUCCGCCGCUCAAGACGAGCAGCAGCAGGAGAAGGCGCAAGAGCAGAAGCGAGAGGCAGCAGGGCAGCAGCAGGCAAGGGCAGAGCAGGGUGGGGGGGCGGGUGGUGGGGUAGUUCCACCAGGUACAGACAGAGACAGCCACCCACAGCCGCAGCAGCGGCAACGGCACGACCAGAGCACUGAGAAACAGCAGCCGUUGCCGCCGCAGCAGCAGCAGCAGCAGCAGCAGCAGCAGGGUCCCUUCACAUGCCCGUUCUGCUCCUCCCUCGCCUCAGCAGCCGUCACACCUGCCGUCUCAGCAUUGUUCCAUGUACGUCCUGCCGCCCCACUGCUCCUGCUAAAAUGCCAUACCACCACAGGAGCACGCUUGCACGUCCCUCUUCCACUUGCACGUCCCUCUUCCACCUGCACGUCCCUCUUCCACCUGCACGUCCCUCUUCCACCUGCACAUGCAUCCGCCUCACUUGCCACCAGCAGCGCGACCUCGUCGCCUGCCCCGCGUGUCGCUGCGGUGCUUGGUGGGCCUGCUCUCUCGCGCUCUCCCUCUCCACCCCAGGAUCGCAGCCGUGCACAGCUUGGAGCAACUCGUCCAAUCAGCAACGCGUUGCUCUCACUUGCUGACAUCAGCGCUCUCCACCACCCUGUCCUUGCCACGUCAUGCCGAACCCCUGCCUCCCUCCAUACUCAGCUGUCUGCUUCAGGUGAUUUUUCAGCAUUGUUUCAGGUUAUGGCUGACCCUUUGUCUCAAGUGGCCUCCUGUCUUCCACUCGACAUGCCACUUGCCUCUCCGCCAUCGCUCUCCUCCACUGCCCCUGCUGCCACACCAGCGGCACCAGAUUCAAUAGCAGCGCAGGCAGCAGAGCCUCUUGCCUCGUGGCUGCUGCACGUGAAUGCAGUUCUCUCACCGCCCACACGCCAGCAGCAGCAGCAGCAUCUGGUGCAAGGGGAUCACACGAAGCAUGUCACCGGCACUGCAGCUGCUGCCGCGGCAGCGACUGUGGGAGUGGUGGCUGGAGGGCAACAGGAGGUGCAGCAGUCGGCAGGGCAGAGCGCCAAGGAUGGUGGAGGAGGGCCAACAGUGCCGACAGGGCCAGCGGCAGCGGCGGUGUCGGAGGCAGGGACAGGCUGCUCUGUUGAGGCGGGCGGCACGCUGGCGGUGAUGCAGAGGGCAGUGGCCGCCCACUGCUGGAGGGCUGCCACGUGUAGCGCUCUCAUUGGCCGCCCACGGCCCCGACCUUCCACCCUGGCACAGCUGGUGCAGACGGGCUCGCACACAGUAGGCACAACUGAUGCCGUUCUCGGGGAAGCCAAACAGCGACACGAGGCAGCUUCUGAGUGGCUGUCUUGCUUCAGCAAGGCACUCUCAUCUCAGUCACAGCUGUCAGAGCGCCAGGCCGCCCAGCGUCUGUCACAUCUGCGCGCGCUCAUCAGCCACGCCUCUGCCCUGCCUGUGGACCUGCGCCCAGAGAUCAAGGUGAGCAGCGAACCUGCUGCUGUCGUCAUGGAGAAUGCUGAUCAAACCCUGCGCCGCGCUGUGGCCCGCCUGGCAUCGCGCCUCAAGGCUGAUACCGCUGCAACUACUCCUCCUGCCACUCAAUCGCCUCCUCCCACCGCACCACCCACUGCAUCGCUGCUCACCGCACCCUCUCCCGCACGCACAGCGACGCCUCUGGCUGUAGCAAAAACUGUAGCGCCGUCAGGCAAAGCAGCUGCGACAGCACGUGGGGGAAUCGGCACCGCAGGUGCUGCCUCGGAACUGAAGGCGUCCGGGCUGAAAGGCUCUCGCAGUGCCAAGCGGAAGCUGGCAGCAGGCGGGGAAGGCAAGGCAGUGCGUGUGGCUGGCGCUGGUGCCACGGCCGCAGCCACCAAGGGCAAGAGGAGCCCUCGCGCCCUGCACGCAGCGGCCCUGCAAGGAGGCAGCUGCAUGGCCGUGCCUGCUUGUGCUACAACCUGCCCCCGUGGCCCGACUGUAACAUACGAGCCUGCCCCCGCCUCCUGCAUCGCCUCACCGCUUCUGCCUGCCUGCUCCUCCCUUCCUCAACCCACCGAUCCAUCCCGCAUGGCCUCUCGCCCUCUCUCCCCUUCACUCCCUGCCCCCCCGGCCACCUCCCCUGCUGCUGCUCCUCUGCCUGCACCGCUGGCAUCGCCAGAUGCCUGCCCGCCUGCCCCAGGGGCAGCUGCUGCUGGCACAGCAGCUGGCACUGCUGCCUGCUCUGUUGGUACCACUGUCCCCUCUACUGGUAUGACUGCCAGCUCGACCGCCAAGGUUGCCAGCUCAGCAGCCAAGGUUGCUAGCUCAGCAGAAAAGGCUUGCUGCCUAGAAGGGAAGGGCGGUGAGGGUCAGAGGAGGAAAGGCAGGGGAGAUAGCCAAGAUAAGAGAAGUGGAGACAGGGUGCGGGCGAUUGAGAGUGGCAUGCCAGGCACACGCACAGCAGGCCAGGGGAAGAUGAGCCCUCGGCCACAUGAAAGCGCAACAGCAGGCCAGGGGAAGAUGAGCCCUCGGCCACAUGAAAGCGCAACAGCAGGCCAGGGGAAGAUGAGCCCUCGGCCACAUGAAAGCGCAACAGCAGGCCAGGGGAAGAUGAGCCCUCGGCCACAUGAAAGCGCAACAGCAGGCCAGGGGAAGAUGAGCCCUCGCCCACAUGAAAGCGCAACAGCAGGCCAGGGGAAGAUGAGCCCUCGGCCACAUGAAAGCGCAACAGCAGGCCAGGGGAAGAUGAGCCCUCGGCCACAUGAAAGCGCAACAGCAGCGGCAGCAGAGGGUGUGACAGUUGGCAGUGCGUGGCAGCAUGGCAGAGCGAGUGAGAGUGAGAGUUUGGGGCGAGAGGGUGCAGCAGGUGGUGCAGAAGGUGGGAGCAGGGGAGGCGGGGUGGUGGAGGGAGGGGCGGGUGGAGGAAGGCGGUCGGUGCGCAGCACAGCAGGCCGGCACCCUGGCUUCGAUGGCUUCCUGCUGCUGCCCCGCAUCCGAUGA